AUGGCAACUCUCUCUGAAACCUACGCUUGUGCACCUUCCACCGAACGAGGCCGCGGCAUUCUUAUCUCCGGCGAUCCCAAAACCAACAACAUUCUCUAUUGCACCGCGCGGUCCGUCAUUAUUCGUAACCUCGAUAAUCCCUUACAAGUCUCCGUUUACGGCGAACAUCCUUAUCCUGUCACCGUCGCACGGUACUCCCCCAACGGUGAAUGGAUCGCGUCGGCUGAUGUCUCCGGCACCAUACGUAUCUGGGGGACGCACAAUGAUUAUGUCCUCAAGAACGAGUUUCGAGUUCUCUCUGGUCGGAUCGAUGAUCUUCAGUGGUCCGCUGAUUGCCAGAGGAUCGUUGCGUGUGGAGAUGGAAAGGGAAAAUCAUUUGUUCGCGCCUUUAUGUGGGAUUCAGGUUCCACUGUUGGUGAUUUUGACGGCCAUUCGCGACGGGUAUUAAGUUGCACGUUCAAACCAACAAGGCCAUUCCGCAUUGUCACCUGUGGUGAAGAUUUUUUAGCAAAUUUUUAUGAAGGUCCGCCUUUCAAGUUCAGUAUGUCCAUCAGGGACCAUACGAAUUUCGUCAAUUGUGUUAGAUAUUCUCCAGAUGGGAGCAAAUUUAUUACAGUUAGCUCAGACAGGAAAGGUAUUAUAUACGAUGGAAAGACUGGGAAUAAACUUGGAGAGUUUUCCGAAGAGGAUGGUCACAAGGGCAGCAUAUAUGCUGUUAGUUGGAGUCCUGACAGUAAACAGGUUCUUACAGUGUCUGCUGACAAGUCUGCAAAAGUAUGGGAUAUUGAUGAGAAUGGUAGUGGAACAGUACACAAGACAUUGGCACAUACUGAAUCUGGUGGGGUGGAAGACAUGCUCGUUGGUUGUCUUUGGCAAAAUGAUCAUCUGCUUACUAUCUCCCUUGGUGGCACGAUUUAUUUAUACACUUCUAAAGAUCUAGAUCAAAGUCCAAAAUCUUUAUCUGGUCACAUGAAGAAUAUCACCGUUUUGAAUCUGCUUAACAAAAGUGAAAAGAUGCUUUUGUCCAGCAGCUAUGAUGGAGUAAUCAUUAGAUGGAUUCCAGGCAUUGGGUACAGUGGUAAGUUUGACGGUAAACAAUUUGGAUUAAUCAAAUUGUUAGCAGCUGCUGAAGAAGAAGUUGUUACUUCUGGAUUUGACAACAAGGUAUACAGAGUUCCUCUUCAUGGGGAUGGUUUUGGUCCAGCUGAGGAAGUUGAUAUUGGAAGCCAGGCUAAGGAUUUGGGCCUUGCACUUAAUUCACCUAAUCUUGCUCUUAUUGCAAUUGAGUCCGGGGUUGUCUUGCUUGACGGUGCAAAAAUUGUCACCACGGCAAACCUUGGCUUUGUUGUCACUGCGUGUACUAUUUCACCUGAUGGCAGUGAAGCAAUUGUAGGUGGGCAAGAUGGUAAGCUGCGUAUUUAUUCCAUCUCAGGAGAUACACUUACAGAACAAACUGUUCUUGAGAAGCACCGAGGUGCAAUUAGCGCAAUCAGAUAUUCUCCAGACGUUUCCAUGUUCGCAUCGGCUGAUCUGAAUCGUGAAGCUGUUGUGUGGGACUGUGCUUCUAGAGAGGUGGUUCUUAAUAAUAUGCUGUUUAACACUGCACGUAUAAACUGCAUUGCUUGGUCGCCCGAUAGUAAAUUGGUAGCUACUGGAUCACUUGAUACAUGUGUCAUUAUAUAUGAAAUCGGAAAGCCAGCAUCAAGCCGCAGAACCAUAAAAGGUGCUCAUUUAGGUGGAGUUUACGGCUUGACUUUUACUGAGAAUGAAAGAGUUGUGAGUUCAGGAGAAGAUAGUUGCAUUCGUGUUUGGAAUUUGAAUUCAGAAUAA